CGAGGUGAUUGACGGGAGGUGUGCGUCACUUCCGCAGCGUGAACACACUCGCGGCGAUUGUGACAUCGUCGCCCCUGCUACCAGUUGUGGGAGACCCCUGGCGUUAUUGCGUUGGAGACGCCAUUGUUGUGGCGGAGAGGUGGUGUCGGUUUGAAAUUGUGAGACCUGCCUCAGAUUUGAUAUUAGUGCCGUCCUUAUGCAUCAGUCUAGUACUUGAGUGAUUAUUUAUUUUUUUUUAGUGUGGGUUACAGUGUGGUGUAGUGAUGACUGAGUGUUAGAAAGCUGCAGUGCGAAAAUGUGUCUGAGAAACGCUGACGGGCCUAUCGAUUGGAGCUGAGCCUAGGAAGCCACCUGCCAGGAAACCGGCCUGUCUACUGUGCCGUCCGUUCGGAGCGCCGAUUCUGCGUUCCUGCAUCUUCACCUUCCCCCUCCCCCACCUUCACUUUCCCCAACUCCCCAGUCCUCGCACCCUAUCCCCUUUAUUUCCUAUUUACCCCCUCAGCGUUUCAAGCAAUAAGACAUGGAUCACACUUGCUGCUGAGAAGUACUCGCCGAGGAAAAAGAGGCGCAGCUCUGUUGGUACUAGGUCCUUGUGUGUAUUGUGUGUAUUUUUCCUCCUUUCCUCCACCGUUAAUACGAGUGACUUUUUUUUCGUUUACAAAAUAAAACUCAUUCCCACUCUUAGUUAAAAGGAGAAACGAUAUUUAGAGCUGCUCCCGAAGAUAAUAUCUGUGGGCGAGAUCGUUGCAGCAGGAUUUUCCGAAGGAAGGAAGUCAAGAGACAAACGUGGAUCCGAUUCCUUUAGAUUUAAAAAAAACUGUGCCGAGACGUACUGCAUUGCGGCUUUGUAAUUAAAAGGAAGAGGGAAAAUAAACUGAAUAUUUUUGAACUCUUUACCUUGGGAAAUAAAUCCUUUGGACUUCGUACAAUUUCUUGGACAUUUAAACUAUACCAUUGACUUUUGAACUAUCCGGUUUAUUAGUGAGUAAAACAGCUAGUAUUUAAUUUUGUGCAAUGUGCAGUUGAAAACCAGUUAUUUCCUGACUUUACCAUCCAAUAUAGUGUUUUUUUUUUAUAAACUUGCUUUAAUACAACAAAAUCUAAAUACUUGAAUUUCAGAUAUUAAAUUGUGAAAAAGAGGACUUUUUUGUUUUUUGUGUUUUGCAGUUGUAGAAGGGUAAAACUUUUUUGGGUAAGGCUUGUCCCAUUCAAAAAAAACAAAAAUGUCGUGUGUACAUUACAAAUUUUCUUCUAAACUGAACUAUGACACGGUCACUUUCGAUGGGCUUCAUAUUUCUUUGAGUGAUCUAAAGAAGACGAUCAUGGCCAGAGAGAAGCUGAAGGCGGCAGACUGCGAUUUACAGAUCACCAACGCACAAACCAAGGAAGAAUAUACAGAUGAUAAUGCUUUAAUCCCCAAGAAUUCAUCUGUGAUUAUAAAAAGGAUUCCGAUUGGAGGUGUGAAAUCUGCUGGCAAAACAUUUGUCAUUGAUCGUUCUGAACCAGCAACUGGAACAUCGAAAGCAUUUUAUCCUUUUGCUCACGGAGGCAGCAGGGGAAGGCAAGAGAAAGAGGUCACAGACCUAGUUGCCAGACUGCAGGGAAAGCUCGGCGAGACUCAAUGCAUGUACACUAACUGUGCGUAUUCUGAAAGAAUGUUUACUCAGAUUGAUGACUCUGGAACAUCUAUCUCUCUGGCCCAGCUUACAAAGGUAGAAAAUGUUUCUUUUUUGCUGUUAGUGGUGUUUUUCUUUCCCUGCAAAUUCAAUUCAUUACAGAGUUUUUAAUUGUACUAAAUGUUGCACUAAUCUGUAAUUGUCCCAUGCAUUAUCUAAUGCAAAUUUACAUUAAUACAUUGUAUAUUUUGCGUAAUGUUACAUAUAUUCAAAUGCAUUUAUAUUGUCAUUAAAAGUAUUGUAUUUUAUGUGUAAAUGUUAGUAACGUGAAACAUUAAUACAUACUGAAUAUCCUGUAAAGAGUGAGUGAUAUGGGGAAGAUGGAAGGGGAGUCCCUCGACAGCCUCACCUAGCUACCAUAAUGCUCGUCUAUCUCAGUCAGCCUUGAAAAUACAGCAAGAUAAAACCAUAGCUAUUUGUCUUUUUUAAAUCUGGGAUGUAGUGAAUGCCGGAUGGGUUAUUUCACCUCUGAUGGCUUUGAACAUCUCUCCAAUAAAGAACGUGGUAGAAGAAUGAAAAGCCCCAGAUCACUGGAUACCGUGAUUGGUACGAAGGUUCUCGCCUUUAGCACCAUCAAAUCAGUGUAUCGCUGUAAGCAAAAAGACUGUUAUCUCAGCAAUUCAGCCAGGAAAUAAAAACUACCUCUGUUGUUAUUGAAACUAUAAAUUUUGUGUGUAAGUUUUUCCUGAAUUUUAUAGCAAUGUCUACAAUUGAAUAACCGUGAAUUGAAUAAGUGUAUGCCAAUCCCCUAUGUUGUAUUGACCCAUGCAUAGCUUAGCAUUGACCAUGUAAAUGUAAACCGUUAAACACAAUAAACUAUGUUCUCUAAGACCAUA